AAGGUUUGUUGGUUUGAGCCGUAUACAAUAUUCAGUGGUGGUAUGCCGAGGGCAAGUUACGGAGACCGACAUUGUAUUUCUGUAAUAUGUGGCGAUUCAACACAAGCGACGUUCGAUUUCACCUCAAGAGUUGUGGAUUUCUUUAUCAUAUUUGAUAAACAUGAUAAAAGUAAGAAAGUGUUAAGAUCUUAUCGGCCACUUCAAUUGUGGAGGUCCAGCAUACACACGUAAAAAUCUCACAACUUGUCAACAAGAUGAUUUGCAACAGGCUUGCAGCAAGCUUGUCAUCAAGUUGUAACAGUAUACUAAAACUGUCUGUACCAGUGUUGGUAGUACCAAUGUGAAAACGCAGUGCUGAGUGGUUAUAUUACUACCUUAAAAAACAAGCAGAAACUCGACGUUUCGAGCGAAGGCCCUUCGUCAAGAGUUCGUAGCAGGGAUCGGGGGGAAAUGCAUGGGCUUUGUUAUGAUUAAAUCCAUCUAAUUGGUUUAUUUUUUGUCACGUGAUGCUUUCAUACUCUUAGUAUAAAAGCCUGUGCAUUUCCCCCCGAUCCCUGCUACUAACUCUUGACGAAUUGCCUUCGCUCAAAACGUCGAGUUUCUGCCUGUUUUUUAAGGUAGUAAUAUAACCACUCAGCACAGCAUUUUCAAGUUGUAACAAUGCUGUUGUUUUAUCAAGUUGCUACAAGGUUGUCAGUCACAACUUGUUGACAAAUUGUUCAAUCUCAUCUUUGUUAAAAUAUAACACCCCUAAUGGCAACUGUAGCUUGACAGAUUUGUGUACCAAAUUAAGCUUGUCAUCUUGCUACACAUGUACUUGAUGAACAUGACAAAUGAUAAAUUUGAAAUUUCUAGGUAAACCAAGAUGUCUGGCUGUUUUAUGUGAACAUGAAUUUGUAGUCAUUGAUUUAUUGAAAGAGAAUGGUUACCCAACCUUCUCAUCACCCUAUCUAUCCUGCCUUCACUCCUCGCCAAUCACAUGUUCCCAACAUGUACAUAACUGUCCUGAUGAUUUAUGGAACUUGUUAAAAGAAGCAGGCAAGGAUCAACUUGGCUCUAGCUAUCCACCCGAGGUAAGGGCUUCUAUAGCUACCUUGUCCCCCCUGGCUUUGGUAAUAUACUACAUGGUCAGAUUCUGGGUAGGAGGUGCGCAUCUCCCCUGAGAUCGUUUUGCACCUCCCCUGAGAUUUUAUGCACCUCCCCUCAAAAGCCAUACACCUCCCCUUGGGAAUGGUAAGGGAACAACGUUUCACGAAAGAAACUUUGUAGUAAUGUAUUGAAUGGCAAAAUUGGAUGAGUCGUACAGUCGUAAUUCAUGAAUACAUGCAGACAUCACGUAGCUGACUUUAUGGGGCAGGGGUACAUUCUAAGUCCUAACAUUCCAUGGGAGCCAUGAGCUAGAAUCGCUGCAUCUCUCCUAAACAGUUUACCACCUCCCCCAGCAUUUCCACCAAAAUCCGGCCUUGAUAUACUAAUGUCUAUAAUUGUUUUUCUUAGGAUUGGCCAAUUACUGGUGGACGUUCCUUGCUGUCAAGAAGCAACCAACAUGAUAUUUUACUUACUGGGUAACUUGAUGUUAUUGACUUUUUUGUCCUGCUGUUGUUGAUGAUUAUGUUGGUGGUGUUGUUUGCUAUUGUUCCUGCUGGUGUUGGACCAAUUUAAACUUGAGAUGGAUCAUAGGUCAUUUGAUAAUUCGUUUGUGUGCAUAAACACAGUAAACAGAUGGCUCAGCCAUAAAAAAAAUCUGUGUAGUAAAUACGGCAGUAGAUGUACCGGAAAACCGAUGCUUUGUUACUAUACCCUGUUGCGAAAUUCGGGCCAAAAAAGGCAACUUUGGAAGGCUAUAAAAUCUGUUUCAUGAUAUCGAAUUAAAUUUUGUUUGUAGCAAACAAAUCAGGAGAAUUAAUACCUAAUAAAGCUAAUAAUUAAGCUAAUAAGAACUCGUCCAAAAUUUCGUAGCGGCACAUUAAAUGUGUCAUCAACAAAAUACCUUUCUCGUUCUAGCCAUGAAGAUGGUUCGGUGAGAUUCUGGGACGUCUCAUCAUUAGACAUGAGUCCGCUCUACACAGUCCAGACGUCCAAAUUUUUCUCUGGUGACCACGAACCUCCCGAACAAAUAGAUGGUGAAGACGAAGGCUGGCCACAUCUCAGGAAGGUCGGUCUGUAUGACCCAUUCUGUGACGACCAACGUUUGGGCGUGCAGAAGAUAUACUUCGAUGCUGCAGAAAAAAUUUUGGUCGUUGGCGGUCACGGUGGUCAGGUCAUUGUACUGGAUAUUAAUAAUGAGGAGAAAAAUAUUGAAAUACAGGUGAGGAAGAAAUCAUUUAUACAUACCGUAUUUACUCGUUUGAGCGUCGCGUCGCUCUUUAAAUUUUCAGAGCUUUCAGAGCUUCCGAUGCGGCGCUCAUUCGGGGGCGGUGCUAUAAUUGUGAAUUAUAACAAGAACUUUUAACAAUAAAAUAAACAAGUUUUAAAUGUCUUUGUCACUAAAUGUCCCCAUUUUGACGACGGAAAGUUUUUACACUGUUUACAAGUUUACAAAAUAUCAAUGUCACUGUCCUCUUCAUGAUCCGAGUCAAGCUGUAGCCUGCGCGCAGACUAUAUAAUGAUAUAUGUCAUAUAGUCUGCGAGCAGGCUAGUCGAGCUGCUGCAUCGUAAUCAUUGUUGGAUAUGCCUCCUCGACUUCAGAAGACGUUAAUUCGUCGCAUUGAAAGGGAUUCGAUUAAGCGCCGCAUUUGAAAAUAAUUAGUGCGGCGCUCAUUCGGGGGCGGCGCUCUUUAAGAAAAUUUGAUCUCAAAUGCGGCGCUCAUUCGGGGGCGGCGCUCAAUCGAGUAAAUACGGUAUUUACUUGGUCCAGCAGGCGGAAUUUCAACUCAAGAAAAAUUUCCACUGACAGAAAAUUUUUCAAAAAUAUCAUUGUUAAAAGUAAAAAAAUUGUGGAAAAUUUGUGUCGGCCAAUCACAUUUUACAAAAUUUUCUUUCUGCGGAAAAUUUUCCUGAGUGGAAAUGGGCCUUUCGUUGUUUUCGUCCUGGUCUCAUGUAAACAUCUAUUAUAAAUUAUACUAUGACUCCCGGUUUGACUUCGUUCUUAGGCCGAUUAGGCUUGCAUAGCAUACAAGAUAUUUACGUGUGUAAAGCCUGGUUCACAUAUGCCUGCGGUAUGCCUGCGACUGUCUCAUUAUGCCUCUACUUGCCGCCGAAAUACCGGCAAAGUUGAACCCAAGUCAACUUUCCCGACCUACCGCCGAUGUAACUGUGGCACUGGAGGCAAUCGGCGAACAAAUGUUCACAUAAUUUACGUUUUAGGCUACCACCGGCAUCGUCGCCGGUACGUCGCAGGCACGUCGCAGGCAUAUAUGUGAACCAGGCUUAAGAAUGGUAAGCUUCCAUUUUUUGUGUACGAACUGCCCGGAAAAGAUUACGUGUAUGAAUGAAAUAGAUUAUAAAUUGCGAUGACUCUCUUUAUGUCGUUCUUAGGCCGAUUAGGCUUGCAUAGCAUACAAGAUAUUUACGUGUGUAAAGCCUGGUUCACAUAUGCCUGCGGUAUGCCUGCGACUGUCUCAUUAUGCCUCUACUUGCCGCCGAAAUACCGGCAAAGUUGAACCCAAGUCAACUUUCCCGACCUACCGCCGAUGUAACUGUGGCACUGGAGGCAAUCGGCGAACAAAUGUUCACAUAAUUUACGUUUUAGGCUACCACCGGCAUCGUCGCCGGUACGUCGCAGGCACGUCGCAGGCAUAUAUGUGAACCAGGCUUAAGAAUGGUAAGCUUCCAUUUUUUGUGUACGAACUGCCCGGAAAAGAUUACGUGUAUGAAUGAAAUAGAUUAUAAAUUGCGAUGACUCUCUUUAUGUCGUUCUUAGGCCGAUUAGGCUUGCAUAGCAUACAAGAUAUUUACGUGUGUAAAGCCUGGUUCACAUAUGCCUGCGGUAUGCCUGCGACUGUAUCAUUAUGCCUCUACUUGCCGCCGAAAUACCGGCAAAGUUGAACCCAAGUCAACUUUCCCGGCCUACCGCCGAUGUAACUGGCACUGGAGGCAAUCGGCGAACAAAUGUUCACAUAAUUUACGUUUUAGGCUACCACCGGCAUCGUCGCCGGUACGUCACAGGCACGUCCAAGGCAUAUAUGUGAACCAGGCUUAAGAAUGAUAAGCUUCCAUUUUUUGUGUACGAACUGCCCGGAAAAGAUUACGUGUAUGAAUGAAAUAGAUUAUAAAUUGCUAUGACUCUCUUUAUGUAGUUGAUUGAUAUCAACCUUGUGAAAGAGUAUGAAUACUUCAACUGGAAAGGACCUGGACCACUCACGCCAAAAACUGGAGCAAUAAAAGUCAGCAAAGGAUUUAAACCCAGCAUGAUAGUUCAGAUUACGCCAGCAUCCUGUAUCACCGCUGUUGCUUUGAAAACCAAGUGGGGAUUGUAAGUACUGAGUGUGUAUUAGGUGCAAACAUGCUGAUUGGUUAAUUAUGGAGUGGUGUUUAUAUUACUUGCUAUAUUAUAUGUAAAAUUUACCCCAUUCCUGUAGGCUUGCAGCGGGCAGUACACAUGGUUUCUUUUUAUUGGAUUAUGUUCAGAAAGUUCCAAUAACACAUAGAUGUACGAUGAGUCCUGACGGUGAGUGAUGGAAAAUAGUAGGAAGCUUUUAUUGUAACUAUAGUAAUUUUUAUACUGGAUAGCUCUAUCAGUUCUAAACUGCUCUUUCUGCCAGAAAUGGCCAACCUUCAUCCCAGUGUUACAACAGGAGGAAACGUAAACUGAACUUUAGUACUGGAGGUCCAGUAAGAGUCAUCUCUUAUUGAUCCAGUGUUACCAUAGAAGGAAACCUAAACUAACUUUAUUUAUACUGGAUAGCUCUAACAGUUCUAAACUGUUCCCCCUAGAGGUCCAGUAAGGGCAAUUCUCUUUUUGCCGCUCUAUAUUGAUGCCACAACGAUUUAUUUUUAUUGGAUUACCAGUAGAGAACUCACCAUGUUUAGUAAAGUGAGAUUGGAAGUACUCUUCUUGUAUCUGACUGAAGCAAUCUGACGAUAGCAACCUUGACUUUCCUUUGCAGACAUGGGUUCAGAAGGUGGUACAUUAGUAAGGCGGAGAACAUUUAAGGAAUCUCUACGAAGGUCAUUUAGGCGGUUGCGCAGUGGUCGACGUAGCGGAAGGAGAAGACACAGUAGCCGGUCGGGGAAAGAUGGUGCGCAACAUUCUCCGACCGGAGAAGAAGCCCCAGUACAAAGAUUGAUUGAUGAAAGUAGUAAAAUAGGCGAAGGAUAUCAAGGUCUUGUGAGAUGUCUGUAUAUGGUCGACACUUUCUUAAAGGAUGGUAAGUUUCAUUGUGCGCAGGAAUGUAAUGAUUGUGGUGUUUGACCACAGUGAGAAUUGAAUGACGAAGGUAUUGGGUUCGAUUCCCGCCACAGUCAACCAAACUUUUCUGCUUGACAAGUGUGGAGAGACUCAGAGUCGCCUCAUUUCAAAAACGAUUGUGAAGCAAUUGAGAACUUAGCUGCGACGAGUGAUGAUUAGCAUCCCCAGCAGAGCCUGAAAUAAUGUUCAAAAAUUGUCCUGAAAAAAUGUCCGACCAAAAUGAAAUUUGAUGAGACACUUUCAAAUUUGAUCGGACAUUUUCUUUUGACUCCAUGGGCCAGUUGUUCAAAGCUGGGUUAGCUUAACCCUAGGUUAACCUAAAAUUCAAAGCAAACUUCCUCAUAGCUUGUUUAUAAAUUUGGAAAAGUUUCUUCAGAAAUCUUGUCUGGAUCGAUAUGAGUUUACAUCUCUGAAGUUUUGAAAUAAACAGACGUGCAGGAGUACACAAACUAGAAUAGCAGAUUAAAUUUUAACUGAGGGUUAGCACUAACUCCGCUUUGAACAACUGGCCCCAUGUCUUCGUAGGUAAAUUUAGCCAAUAUAUAUUUAAUACUUUAUUUUAAACACGACACAGUUUUGUGUUCUCUGUGGGAUGAUUUGAUGCAGCUUAUGGUUAAAUCGUGAACUGUCUUUGUCAGUGUAGGUAGUGCCAAUCAAAUGAACAAGCUUUCGUUGGUAGGAAUACAACUACCUGAAAUUAUAUAAGGAGAAUUUCGACGUUUUGAGCGAAGGCUCUUCGUCUGGAGUUUCUGGAUGAAGGGCCUUGGCUCGAAACGUCGAAAUUCGUCUUAUAUAAUUUCAGAUAGUUGCAUCCCUACCAAAGAAAGUUUGUUCAUUUGGUUAAAUAAGUCAUUCAUGAAGUCUCACUUUAUCGCGACAAUAUUUCCGAUUAAUUUAGCAUUUGGAGAUAUCCGAUGUCCGACCGUUAUUUCAGGCUCUACCCAGGCCAAACCUUUACCUUUCCGUCCGUUAAUUGAAUUCAUUGUUUUGUCUAGGUAUGCAUCACGGUCCCUCGCUAUGGGUGGGUACAAACUCCGGUCACAUAUAUCCGUAUACCAUUGAACUCCCUCCAGACGGUCAACGCCGUAGCCACAGUGUUCAGGCGUAUCCCAAGAAACCUGAAAUACAUCUCAAACACAAUGCUCCUGUUAUCACCAUGUUUGUUGUCGACAAGGAUGGCAACCCUGUUCAGGAAGAUUUAAUCGAAAGUGCUCAGGAGAAAGGUGAGUGGCGAGAUUUAUGGUUAACUUAAUUUUAAUUGUUUUGUCAAACAUUGGUCAGCCAGGGGAAUUCUUCCAGUUUGACUCGGUUUAGGUUUCCUUCUGUAGUAAUACUGGAUCAAUAAGAGAUGAUCCUUACUGGACCUCUAUAGGAAGAACAGUUUAGAACUGAUAGAACUAUCCAGUAUAAAUAAAGUUAGUUUAGUUUAGGUUUCCUCUUGUAGUAACACUGAAUCAAUAAGAGAUGAUCCUUACUGGACCUGUAGGAAGAACAGUUUAGAAGACAUAGAACUAUUUAGUAUAAAUAAAGUUAGUCUAGUUUCUUUUGUAGUAACACUAAGGGAGGAUCCUUACUGCACUUUUAGAAAGAACAGUGUAGAACUGAUAGAGCUACACCCAGUAUAAACAAAGAUAGUUUAGUUUUUUUCCAUUCCCUCCCUGCUCAGGACAAAAAACAAUACCGCUAAGAACAUUUAUUCUUAUUUCAGCCGCUGAUAUGAGUGGCAAUCAUUCAAUGAUCAUAUGUUCCGAAGAGCAAUUCAAAGUUCUAUCACUCCCGCAACUUCGAGUAAAACACAAAGAAAAAUUGACCGCCAUAGAUGGAUCUAAAGUCCGAAAACUCGGAGUCAUCUCGCUAAGAAAUCCACAAGGUAGGAUUCCAAUAUGUUGAUACCAAGUUGUGUUCGAGCUGUUCGUUUCUUACACAACUACUCAUGCCUGUAGGACGUUAUGGAGCGACACAGCGUCCAAAGUCUAAAGGUCUAACUCCAAACCAGAAGAUACACUUGAGUAACUUGUGUAAUUCAAAAUUGAGUUGAAAUAUGAAUUGUGGGUUACUGGCUAACUCCAAAAAUCAUUUAGGAGCUAGGUAUCUAAGUCUGAAGUUACUUGGCUAACUCCAAAAAUUAUUUGGAGCUACUUUAACUCCAAAAGUAAUUUAGGAGCUAGGUACCCAUUCUCGUUCCCACGACCAUUGUCAUGCUCUGUUGACCGCGUGUAAGACGGGAUCUGGGUACGAGAAUGUGACAUAGCCCAGCUCCAUUUGACGAUUGGCUACCUCUACAAAAAUAAAAUAUACAGGUGUACAACCACCACCCCCAACCUUUGAAGGAGUGUGGCCCACAACCACCCACCUCCCAGGAAAUCAAUCCUUGCCACACCCUGUGUAAACGACGUUAAAUAGAUUAUCAUAAUGAAGUCGACGUUAAAUAGCUUAUCGGUGAAGUCAAUGUUUCUUCCGAUCUAUAAAAAAGUUUGCUGAUCUUGAAUUACGCUUAAAUUGGUUUUCCGAGUUAGUUUUGAAAUGCGCGCCUUAAAAAUCAUAAUUCAAAAGGCUGAAUUAAUGAAUCAUUCUUGCAGGUGAUUCAGACGAAACCUACUACUGCCUGGGAUGUCUAAACAACCAGGGCGACCUCAAUGUAUUCGCCUUGCCUAGUUUGAGACAACAACUCAAAGUCAAUUGUAUCAAACGUGAAGAUCUGCUGGGAAUACAGUCUCUGUUGUUUACAAGACUUGGACAAGGUUUUUAUUUACGUUCACCGUCCGAAUUACAAAGAUUUACCUUAGCUUCAUCACAAGAGUAAGUACAUAGUUUUAUUGCUCGAUCUCAUUAAAGUAAAAUGAUGAAAGUUAGAGUUUCGAAACUAGCCUUAGAUGUUGAAAAUGGUGUAUGAUGCUCAGUAGUAUUUAGAGAGUUUUUAUGUGUAUUUUGCUGUCCUGUGUAAAAUUAGUUGUAAUUAACGUACGGGGUUUACCUUGUUGGGACUUCGAGUCAGUUUGCCAAUCUCUUAUCUAACUCGCAUUUUCCUGUUUGUAAUGUCUACUAUUGUUGUUUUAACGUAGUUUUCCUAGAACUGCAACUUUCUUCCAUAACCACAAACUAUUGAAAAGAAUGCCACAGUUUUUUUUUUGAAUGUCAGUUAUUAACAGUGGUUGAAACUGAUUUUGUAUUGAUGUAUUGUUCAGACUUCGUCCAGAAUGUGUUCUUAAUCUCCCUGGCAUGCGAGGUCAGGAUUCUGAAGAAGAGAAGGAUAGUUCACCAGAUCGAGAAGAAAGAUCCGCUGAUGGCGAAGAUAAUGCCAAUAUCGGGUAAGUCAUGCCUGUAGAUCUUAAUUACUGUUUCAAUUCGACAUAAAUGGCGCCAUAUACAUAGGAAAAACGCACAAGUUGUAACAAACCUGCAGCGGACUUGUAGCAAUACCGUUCCAACAACUUGUCAACAGGGUGUGUUCGCACAGCUUGUUGACAAGUUGUCAAGGUUUUUUGUGUGUGUUGCUGUUAUGUACUCAGGUGAAUAUGAUGUUUGUGAUGUUACUCUGGUUUGUUGACAACUUGCAACAAGGUUGUUGAGCUCGACAGAGUAUGAUUUGUUACAAGUUGUUCCAACAAACAAAUUAUUAUCGUCCUGCAAUUCAACAAUUCGUCAACAAGUUGUGAGUGACAACCUUGUAGCAACUUGAUAAAAUAACAGCAUUGUUACAACUUGUCGACAAGCUUGCAACAGCAACGCAACGAACACAUGUUGUUGACAAGUUGUGAGAUUUUCACGUGUGUAUAUAAUGCACUCAACGUGUAUCUGUGUUUCUAGCGGCCGCAAUACCCGAGAAUCUAACGAAGAUAUAUCGGAAACUCGGCAACAAACAACUGUAGUUCAACAUGAUCACUCCGACGGCAAUGUCGUUCAAGGUGAACAAGUCGUGAAAAGUGCAAGAUAUACUUCAACCAAAAGUCAAAAGACAACGACGACGGUCGUCAAGACGUCACAAAGUAGUAGAGUUUUAACGAAUGGUGAUCAUACUGAGGUUGGUGAGUAUGAAGAGCUAGAAAUGCUCAUUUGGCCUGGAAAUGGUCGAAACAAUGCGUUCUAAUAGACACUUCGCUAUAUGACCACCUUCUGUUGCUGGAAAUCUUUCUUCUUCUAGCCUACCAUGCUUUCAUCAUUCAAAAAGGAUUGUCACAGCUUUGUUACACAGUUAACUAUUCACCUUUCACAACCGCCACUGGUUUGAUAAAAAACAUACUUUUAUUUUUUUUUUUAAUUUUGUCCUGUGCAAAGGUAAGACCACUGGCAUUGGUUUUCGACCAUUUUUUCGAAAGUUUAAAAUUUCGCCCCAGAUAAUCCAAAGGUUUUGGGAAUCAUCAGAAACCUUUCAUCAAAACAAUACGUUUUAACUGAUAAAGGGGACCACCGCCAUUAUCAAUUCAUCACAAUCAUCACCCAUCAUCAAUCAUCACCAUCACCAUCAUGAUCACCAAUACCAUCAUCACCACCACCGUCAUCAUCACCAAUACCGUCAUCACCACCACCAUCAUCACCAAUACCAUCAUCACCACCACUAUCAUCACCACUACCAUCAUCACCAAUACCAUCAUCAUCACUACCAUCACCAAUACCAUCAUCACCAAUACCAUCAUCACCACAUCAUGUAUUAACGUUUUGUAUAUUUAAUAGAAACACUCAACUACCCCCUAAGUAUUAAAAACAACAACACUAUUUUUCAGGAGAACCGUCGCGGUAGAUCAAGUUCAGCGUCGUCCAGUGAUGGUGAAGGGACCACAUUCAAAGCACCAGGAAAAUCGCACAAGAAAGAAGGUCAUUUAGGCGGAGAAAUAACUGCUCAUUAUUAGAAUAAUAUUUCAAUAUAAACAAAGUAUGCAGAAAAAUUCUGAAACGGUUUAAGGCAUGAGAUGUAACACCUAAAUAUCCUGUGUUAGGUUUGCCAGGAUAGAAUGAUAUAUACAGGUUAAUUUUGAUGUAUGUAAAUAAGUCAUGUAUGUGCAAGCGAAAAACGCGGAUCCAAACGAUGCGUUCUGUAUCGGAGUGAACUGUAGUUGAGUCAUAUCCAUGGGCGGAUUUACUGGGGGUUUGGAAGGGGGGUAAUAAACCCCCUUAGAAUUUCUCUAACCUUUUAAAGUGUUCAACUUCACCAAAAUUUCGCUUCAUCCCUCCUAUUUUGUGUGAAAGUCUUUAACCCUACGCCUAUUCCCUGCCGAAGCUCGCUCAGUGGUGCCGCUUGCACCCCUCCUUUAGAAAAAAUGAAAAUCCGCCCUUGUGCAUAUUAAAAGUACUCUGCGUUUCACUUAACAAGACUGUCAUUAAGUGAUUUUUGUACCGGUAUAUUAAAUUUAGUCUACUCAAUUUGUAAAGCAAAAUAAAGGAAGGUACACUUAUAUUAAGGGAAUCUAUUUUCGAAUUUAAGCGAAUCAACCGUUUGCAUAUUAAUUCAAGUGAUGAUUGAACAAUUCAACAUUUUGAUAUGCAUAUUCUAAUUUUUCCAAUCUCUUAUUUAAUACAUCGAAAUCAACCUUCCAGGCGAAACCACAUUAUGUAAAGACUCUUAUUUUAAAGAGUUUGUCAUGCCUUAUUCUGUGUUUAUAUAAGGGGAAUUCCAAACCCUGCUUAUUGCCUCUCAGGUUGUUAAUUUUCUCUUUAAUUCUCGCUUCUAAUAGAAGUGAACAGCCACGCGUUUUAAUUUGCUCUUUGUAAAAUAAUUUUAUUUUAAAAUAUUAUAAUUAGGUAUUUCUAAGCUUAGCUAACUGCCCCUGCUGUUAAGGGAAAAUAUUAGAAAAUAAUGACAACAUCAAACCUGAAAUCAAUGACCUGGUUUUUCAUGCUUGUUUGGCAGUGCGUAAAAGAAUAACAUCAGGGACGCCGGGACGAUAAA